AUGUCUGACGCACCCAUUGUUUCUACCGGUCGCGGUGGCGCCGGCAACAUCGGCCACGACCCGACCGUAUACACCGACGGCUCCAUCAUCCGCGAAGGCGUCCAAGGCCAGGGCAACGGCGACUUCUCGACAGGCCGCGGCGGCGCUGGCAACAUCACCAAGUCGCCUUUGAUCCGCCCUGCCGACAGCAGCCCGCGCACGUCGUCCGACAUCAUCCCUGAAGACGCGCUGCGUCAGCCGCAGGAAAACUUCCACACGGGCCGCGGCGGCGAGGGCAACGUGCACAGGGAGAAAUACGGCGGGCACAGCCGCUCACCGGACCGCAAGGGCGCCAUCGAUAAGAUCAAGCAUGUGCUGCAUCUCGAUGGCAAGGACAAGCGCGAGGGGAGUCCACUGGCGAACGAGACGAAGACGGAGACCGGUUAG